UACUUCUAAACAUGAUAUACUGCAACAUUUGGACGUGGAUGUAUGGAGGGAAUGUAAAGUUUGAAGUGAGAACACAAAAACUUGAUUAAAUUAUAACAACUAUGAUAUCCAAAUGGUGACGAUUUCAUUACUAGUUACUGCAUGUAUUAUAGUUAUCAUCAGCAAUUGUUAUCUCGCCUUUGAAAAAGAAUUUAUUGUCUGUCCUGAUAAUUCUCAGUGGAUUUUGAGAUCUUCUAGCUUGUGCAAUAGCAGUCACAAAGCAUAUUUUUGUUUAUUCGAUGACAAUGAGAAAAUAUUUAAAGAGUAUUGUGCGAGGGAGCCUGAGGCUCAGACACCAGGUCAUGAAUUUGUAAUUCGAGGGGAGUUAGACGGUAAACAGUGUGCAACCAAUCGCUUUCAGCCAUUUAAAUUAUCUACCAAAGGCUACAGUAGGUGCAUCUUUAAAAAGACAGAAUGCAUCGACGAAGGUCAGAUUCAAUAUAGUAAUGGAACAUUGAUUUCUGAUAGGCUGUGUAGAUGCGACUAUACUAAUUCCUAUAAAUUUAUUACCAAGACUAGAAACUCUUGCUUCUGUGACCCUAUGGAAGAGGAUUGCUCUUGCUACAAAACUAUGUGUCCUAAUGAAAAGGUGUUAUCACCAGAAGACGAUACAAUAGCGUAUGACGACAAUGGAAUAGACAAAUGGACUGGAAUUGGUACUCUAAUGCAUCAUUCAAAAGACUGGCUAGAAAAUGAUAAAGUUUUCAUAGAGACUGAAGCGGCAAAAUCUAUCGAACAGCUGUUACAAACAAACAGUCACGUCAUUGUUGUUGGUGGUCAUGGAUCUGGAAAGACUGCGAUAAUAAGGCAUAUAGCUUUAAAAUUAAUUAGAGAGCAAAAGUAUGACAAUGUUGCGGAGUUAAAUUGUUUUUCAGAUUUACUUAAUAUCUUAUCAAAUCUAUCAAAUACUGGAAUAAAGCUAUUUUUUGUAAUAGAUAAUAUCACAGACGAACAAGCUAACUCAUGGUUUUCAAACACUGGUAGGAUUCUAAAAAACAAAUGUAAGAAAGAAGGGAAUAUUAAACUUCUAAUAUCCUGUGAAAAACAAGUGUAUACAGAUCUGUCUAUGGGUAGAGAUCGACAGGCUGAAGCCGUUUGUUUUUUAGAUGAUCAUCGUUUGAACUUUGAUGAUAUAAGCAAGGUUGUGUCAGUGUACCUUCAGUGUCCGCAAAUAUCAGAUGUUUGUGGAUUCAAACAGCAUCUUGAACUUGAUGCUUCAUUUCUGUGUAAUUUAUGUCACGGGAAAUCCAUCGGUAGUAUCGUUGAUUUGUUAAGAGAUCCUUUAAAAUAUAUUCAAUGUGAUUUAACAGACAUACGUCAACGUAACCCGUUAGAAUUUUGCAUAAUGACAUUGAUUACCUUACAUGACAAUUGUUUCAAAGCAGAAUGGCUAUACAACAACACAUGUUUACCGGAAGAUCUAAUAACAGGAUUAAAGAUAGUUUGUCAUGAGUUUGACAUAGACCUUACAGAUAAGGACGAGAAAGGUCAAGUUGUGGAAAAGUUUGAGCAAUCAGAUACAAAAUACGUUAUUAGAAGUGAUGAUAAAUUUCAUCUAGUGCAUACAACAGUAUUUGAAACUAUGGCCUUCUUAUGUAGCAAACAUUUCUGUGCAAUAUUUAUCCAGCACGCAUCACUAUCUUUUAUAAGUAAACGGUGCCUUUUUGUAUCGAUUACAAAUACAUUAAACAAGAAUACUUUUCGUGUUGAGAAGGACAAUGAACAAAUGUAUUUUGACCGUAUAUUUACAGACUUCGAAAACGGUGAAAUGUUAAGCACGUUUUAUAACUCUCAAUUAGUUAAUAAACUUUACAGAGAAAGAUUUAUUCAGUGCUGUCAGGAGAACAAAUGUAAAUUCAAAAAUGUACUUUCAAAGUUUCCAAUAACUGAACUAAUAUCGGAGGGGUACUUAGAUAUAGUCAGAUUAUUGUUAAAUAUGGAUUGUGAUGUAAAUGCAACCGACACAUACAAUAGGACAGCUUUAUUUUUAGCAUCAAGUAACGGCUAUUCUGAAAUAGUGAAAUUACUGGCUGAUAACGGCGGAGACAUAUCUUUUUGUGACAAAAACGGCCGUACUCCGCUUUAUGCUGCCUGUGAAAAUGGACAUGUAGACGUUGUGAAAUGUUUACUAGAUUUAAAAGUAGACGUUUUAAAGCCUGAUAAUAGCGGUCGCUCUCCUCUUUACAUAGCAUGUGCAGUGGGCCAUAUAGGAAUAGUUAAAACACUUUUGAACGAAUCUAAAUGCGAUAUUUCUCAAUCAGAUCAUUCAGGCAAGUCGCCUUUGUUUGUUGCUGUUACCUUCGGAAAAAUAGAAAUAGUCAAUAUCUUACUAGAACACUCUGCAAAUAUAGAACAGUCUGAUAAAAGAGGAUUUACGCCUUUGUUCGCCGCAGCCGACCAAGAAACCUCUCGGCAUACCAAACUAAUGAAAAUCCUUCUUGAUAAUAAGGCGGAUAUUUUUCACUGUGACACGGAGGGGCGAACAGUUAUUUCAAUGGCGUGUCAGAAAGGUUAUCAAACAGUUAUAAACGUAUUAUUAGAGCAUAACUACGAUGUGAUGUCGAACUGGGGGAAAACACAAAAGUCUCCUUUAUUCAUUGCGUGCGAAUAUGGACAUGGUAAACUUGUUAAAGUGCUCGCUUUAAAAACAACUAUCAAUCAAGUGGAUACAAAAGGACGAUCUCCUCUGUAUAUUGCCUGUUGUAACGGACACAAAGAUGUUGUUGAUGCUAUGAUUGCCCAUAAUGCUGACGUUGACCUUUGUGAUAAAGACGGUCGAUCUCCGUUAUAUAUAUCAGGCAGUCGUGGAUUUGUUGAAAUAAUGAAGAAACUUCUCGACAAGAAGGCUAAGAUUAUGCUUCUCAAUAGGUGGGGGGCGUCGGUUUUGAUUGCAGCAUGCAGGGAAGGUCAUUUAAAUGCAGUAAAACUCUUAAUAGAAAACAAUAUUGACAUAUCGAAAGCCGAUAUUGAAGGAAAAACAGCAGUGUAUGAGGCAUCUCAUUAUGGGCAUUUCGAAAUUGUUGAUAUUUUACUGAAAGAGGGGGCUAAUAUGAAUGCACAGACAUGUAAAAAUUUGACACCACUGCACACAGCUUGUGCUCGUGGAUAUGGAAAUAUUGCACAAUUAUUACUUGAUAAUGGAGCUGAAAAAGAAAUUACAAACAUUUGCAAUGCGACCCCUAAAGAUUAGCAAUUCAAAACAAUAAUAUUGAAAUUGCUUUCCAAUGGAGGUAAUUCUUGAUCUCAUGAACACUCUUGUGUAUUUGUCAUUCAAGUCGUGUAUCAACGAAAUAUAGUUGUCUAUGAUACCAGAGACUUUACAUUUUUCAUAAAUGUACUAUUUUGUUCGCUCAUUUAACAGCGAUCAUAGUAACCCGUGGAGUACAAAAACGAUUUCUAUAAAAAGGGAUUUGACAUGCAAUUAAUAAUUUGUGAAAAUCUAAAACUAAAACGAUUGAUUUUUGGCUUUAACUGAAAUAACGGCUAUCCGAGGGUCACUAAACAAAC